AUGGAUUUCCUAAAGUCCGCCGUCGCAUCUGCAAUCGCAAAGGGUCCCGCGUUCCCAUACUCUUUCGGCGACGUCGUCGAUGUCGACCAGUCCAUAUGGACCCUGCACAAUGGCACCAGACGUGAGGACGGGUCGAAUUGCAGCAUCUUCUCCUUCGACAUCACCGCCAACAGGUCCCGACUACCACUCGCGAAGAACGCACUGAAGAAGCUCCGCACCUUGCGUCACCCCGGCGUGAUCAAGGUCUUGGAUACGGUCGAGACCGACACGUACAUCUACAUCGCCACGGAGCGAUUGGUGCCCUUGCGAUGGCAUGUGAAACGGAAGAGCCUCAGCCCCGAGACCACGAAGUGGGGCAUAUAUAGCGUAGCGCGGACGCUCAAAUUCAUCAACGAUGAGGCCUCGUCGAUCCACGGCAACAUGAGGGUCGGGUCAAUAUAUACCUCGGAAAGCGGAGAGUGGAAGAUCGGCGGCUUCGAGCUCUUGAGCAAUGUCAAGGACGAUGAUGCCAUCAUAUAUACCUAUGGGAGCAUGGUGCCCGAUUCUGCGAGAUACGCACCUCCGGAGCUCCAAUCAGGCUGGGACGCCAUUAAAAAGGCCCCUCACUCUGCCGUCGAUUCGUUCAACUUGGGCACUUUGAUCUUUGAGGCCUUCAAUGGCGACUAUGCAGGCGGUAGCCAAGCUGGUCAGACCAAGAAUAUCCCUCCCAGCAUGCAUGCGAGUUACAAGCGGCUGGUCAACAACAAUCCCAAGGCUAGACUUAGCGUCGGUCACUUCAUCGAACAGGGUCAUCGUCGCGGGUCAUUUUUUGACACGCCGCUUAUCAAGUUGACCGACGGGGUAGAUAACUUGGGUGUCAAAUCCGCGGAAGAGCGGGAGGAAUUCCUGAACGACCUUGAACAACUCACAGACGACUUCCCCGAAGACUUCUUUAAGAUGAAGGUGCUUCCCGAACUGCUCAAGUCAGUCGAAUUUGGAGGCGGCGGACCCAAAGCCUUCAGUGUCGUGAUGAAAAUCGCGUCGAAAUUGUCAAAUGACGACUUCGACUCGAAGGUAGUGCCUGUAGUGAUACGGCUGUUCCAAAACCCUGACAGGGCCAUUCGAGUAUCUCUGCUUGACAACCUACCUCUGAUGAUCGAUAGACUAUCGCAAAAGAUAGUGAACGACAAGAUUUUCCCAAAUCUUGUGUCAGGCUUCACCGAUCUGGCACCAGUCGUUCGAGAACAAACACUAAAGUCUGUUCUCACAAUCAUCGGCAAGCUAUCCGAUCGUACUAUAAAUGGAGAGCUGCUGAAGUGUCUUGCCAAGACCGCAAAUGACGAACAGCCAGGCAUCCGCACAAAUACCACCAUCUGCUUGGGCAAGAUUGCGAAGAAUCUAGGUACUUCCUCCAGAAGCAAGGUUUUGAUUGCGGCUUUUACUCGCUCUCUCCGAGACCCUUUUGUUCAUGGGAGGAAUGCUGCGCUCAUGGCACUUGCUGUCACCGGCGACUGUUUCUCAAAUGAAGACAUAGCGUUAAAGAUCCUCCCCGCUAUUUGUCCUUCAUUGAUUGACAAGGAGAGGAUUGUUCGAGACCAGGCAACGAAGACGAUGGACAUUUACAUGCUAAAGAUAAAGAAGGCCGCCGAAGACAUGCCCGAUACCGUUCUUCCUCCCCAACAGACCGGUGAGCACGCAGGAGCACCGCGUAUGGGUACUCCGCAGCCGACAGAGUCCGCUGCAGCGUCAUGGGCUGGAUGGGCCAUCUCAUCAUUCACGAAUAAGAUCUCCUCAGCAGCGGGUGAGAUUCAGCCAACUGCCCCGAACGGCUCGGCGCCGACCCCAGAGACAAAGCGCCCUGUGCCAGUGGCAACCUCAUCCGCAUCGACCUUGCACCGUCAAGCUAUGAAGUCCCCGCAGCCUGCAUCCUCAACACUCGCAAGGGCUCCUUCGACUGAAUGGGGUGCGGAUGCAUUUUCCGCAGAGGUUAAUCCAGCAGAGGACGAGGGCGAUGCUUGGGGCGACAUGGAUGAGAUGGACGACAACGACAACUUUUUCGAUGACGGAUCAACAGCUGCGAAUGAUUCCAUGGCCUCAUCAGCUACCUUGCCCGUGGCAAAGAAGGAACCUAGGCGGAAUAUCAGCAGUAGUGGCAGCGGCAGCGCACAACCAUUCGGCGAUGAUGAAGAGCCCGACUUUGCUGGCUGGCUGGCCGCACAGCAGAAAUCCAAGACGACAACAAGCAAGAAGCCUGUCGCGAAGCCUGCUGUAAAGCCAACGCCAGCCAAGAAGAUUGAUUUGAAGCCAAAGCAAGCAGACGAUGAUGAAGACGGGUGGGGGGAUGGCUGGUAA